AUGUCCAAAAUAAAAGUACUUUUGCUUGGUGCGACGGGCGAGACGGGUGCCUCGGUUCUGGAAGGACUGGCAGCAGACGACGCCUUUCAUGUCAGCAUCGCAGUUCGCCAUUCGUCGACGGACAAGCCAGCAGUUCGUGCUCUUGUGGCUCGUGGCUUCCCAGUCAUUGAAGUCGAUCUUAACACGAAGCUUGAUCCCUCUCCUCUUACGCCAUUCAACACUGUCAUCAGCUGCAUUGGCCCAGAGGCUCAGCAGAGUCAGUUGAAUCUGGCUACGGCGGCCAAAGCUGCCGGAGUGAAACGUUUCGUCCCUUGCGCCUUUAUCACCAUCUGUCCUCCAGGCGGGGUCAUGCAGCUACGAGACGCGAAGGAAGAAGUCUACAACCACAUCUUCCGCCUUCAUCUGCCAUACACCAUUAUUGACACGGGGUUCUGGCACCAGAUCUCGUUCCCGCCACUACCCUCGGGUAGACUGGACGAUAUUCACUUCAUGGGAGAAAAUAAUCUUUACGGGGAUGGCAGUGCACCGAACCUCCUUACCGAUCUCCGUGAUAUUGGCCGCUUUGUCGCCCGCAUCAUCAAAGAUCCGCGGACACUGAACAAAAAGGUCUUCACAUGGUCGGACGAACUGAGCCAGAACGAGAUCUAUGCCGUGGCGGAGAACCUCUCUGGCGAGACAAUCGACAAGAACCCAGUCUCCUUGGCAGAGAUGGAGUCCAUUGUCGCCAAAGCCAAGCAGGAUCUCGACGCCGAUCCUACAAAUAUCAUGGCCAAGAUGGCACUGUGGACCCAGGAGUACAAUCUCUCGAAAUGUUUCCGCAGAGACAACACGAGAAAGAAUGCUCUUUACCUCGGAUACUUGGACGCCAGAGAUCUGUACCCUGACUUUCAGCCGGUUUCUUUUGUCGACUACUUCAAGGAAAUCCUACAAGGGAAUGGCAAAAAGCCUUAUGCAGGUAGGUGGUGA